AUGUCGCAUUACGACGAGGCCUCCAACUUCUCCGAUCUCAGCUCCCUAGAUGGAUCGGACGAAUUCGGUCGCAAACUGCUCCAGCAUACAAAAGACGCCCAGCGCAUACAAGCCUUGACCCAGUCACACGCCUUUAGGAAAGCAAAACCCCUGCCACGCGCCGCCCUGAACCUCGACAAUCUCGAGCGCAACAACAUCCACAAUCCUCCUUCCUACAAACCCGAGCACUAUCGCCCAGCCAGCCUCUCUGGCAGUACUGCCUCCGACCCACCCUUGAAUCUGCCGCAGUCAUGGGGACGCAAAGGACGACCUAAUCAUGCUUGGAUGCGCCAGAUCAGAAGCAACAUACACUCAAGCCCAAAUAUUGACUGGGCCGAUGCCGCGAACGACCCAGUGUACUCGUCUGCUCAUGUCUCUCCGCCUCAGAGGCGCACCCACAUCCUUUCACAGGGAGCCGCGGUUGAGCACCAAGACAGUUACGUCGAUCAAUGGGACCCAGACCAGGAUUUUAGUGCCGCCUCGCUGCUAGUCUCUACACCCGCCGUUCCCUCACGCUCUCGCCUCACCAUCGACCAGAUUCGUGAGCGCGAGAUUCAGACAUACGAAUCCCGCGCCUCCUCGUCCACUCGCCAGCAAGCAUACGAGACAGUGUCGCGUGCCUAUAGAAACAGCUAUGCGGAACCUGCCUCGGCGCAAUCUUCGAGACCGACCAUCUCAGACAAAGAGAACAUCCCAUUAGAGCCCCGACACUCGGCCCGCUCUCUGUACAAAACUGUCGAGCAUUCAGCAUCCAUAUCCGCUAUCACUCCACGGCCCCCUCAGCGAAAAGCAGACUCCCUAGCAUUGCUUAAAAGGCUUUCAAGGACUCCGAGCGCUUCGCCAUCUCCAACUUCGGCCAAAGACACUCUGCCUGCUACAAAUCAGCCCCGUCAAGAUUCCUCGUGGUCGCAAAAACACCCGAAGCAGUCUACAAGGCCGCUGUUCAGAGGAGACUCACCGCAAGCUCCUGAGGUCGUAAGAGGUCCCGAAAUCAUUCAGAUUGAGCAGGGAGAAUCGUCACAAGCACCAGAAGUGGUAGAGAUCCCAGAACCUGGCCCCGAGGAACCUUUGGUGACUCCAUCAAGGCCAGCGGAACGACAGUUGCCUGCAAAAACCCCAGUCGUCAUGGGAGCUUGGGUUGACACUCCACAGACUGCAAGACAGCCGGCCAAUUCAACAACAUCUCAAAUAAGUCGACAAAGCUCUGGACCACUCAAUUCGAUACCCGAAGCCACUCACCAGCGUGCCAUCAGUGAACCAAAUCUACCCGCCUCUGCCUUGGACGCUGUGCUCAAGGACAUCCGCGAAGGCAAGCGAAGAGAGGACGACGACCCAACGUUAGGUGAUUCUACUAUAGCUAGUUUGGAAGAGGUCAUGGCUCCGUCCGCAGACAAUACACUCAGAUUCGACCUUCCCGAUAUACCGUCCGCUCAACCGCGAUCUUCGAAAUCGGUCGAAAAGCAGGAGACCAUCAGUGCGGAUACUGCAAAAAGAGACCAGGAGAAACAGAGCCAACAGGUAGAGACCGUGCCAACUUCGCAGAAAGACAAAGAUUUGCGGAAGAGAUGGUUUGCUCUAGGAGGCCUCAAGGAACAGUUGGCCAGCACCAGCACUAAACCAGAACCCAAGCACCAGACUAAGGACAGUCGUGCCUUGGACGAAGUUAUUGCGACCGCUUCGAGGGGAUCCACCUCUCGGUCGAACAGUACUCAGCAUACUCAUCAACACGAAGCAGGCACAUCAUGUGUACAAUGUGGGCGACCGACUAGUGUACUCCGCGCUGCAUGGAAAGAAUAUUGGGGCUUGUACUUCCAUCGCAACCGUCGAACACCGCUAGGCUUCCGGCUGACCUGGCUCGGCCUUGCAUGCACGUUAUUCUGGACAUGGUUCAUCGCAGAGUGGAUCCUCAGCUCCAUCUUCAGCACUCCCAGAUACGCGACUAGAAUGCGUGGAUUUGGUGUAGACCCACACGCGCCAGACUUCCCCUACGUCUUGCCUACUCUGGCGUUACGGCCCUUGACUCCGAUGAUAUCACCGGUUAUGUCUUGUGCGGUGUGGUUGUGGAAGAUGGUCUUAGGACAACAGAGAUACAAGUACUACCCUGCUAGUCCCGGCGCUUGGGGUUCCGCUGCGAAAGUCAAGAUCGGACCUCCUGGCCCGCGGUCGGCGUACUAUGCGAAUAGAAACAUCGCGGACGAUGUAGUAUGGACGGAGCAAGAGACCACUGGAAAAGCGUGGCAAGCCAACCAAGAGACCUUAACAGAUACUUGGAGCACUUGGGAAACAAGUGGUGAUGGAAGCAUGCUCGAUGAUGAAGUAGUCAUCAUGUGA